UUAAGACUCGCUUAUGGUCGGACUUUCCCUUUAAGUGAUUUAUGCAACAGCAUCUCCUGGUACCUCAGUCUACCUCAGUCAGCACCAUGGACAGCGACCCCGCCAGCUCUGCGGCCGCCUCCUGCGCACCCAGCGGGCCCCGAGGGGCAGGGCACGCUCCUUCAGUAACGACGACCAGCUAAUAUCUCCCAUCAUGUUACUGCGGCACUGACAGCUGAACCGUAGAAAGCAGGAUGCGGGAUUUCCCAUAGAAACACCCUCGCGUAUUGUUUUUCUUGUCUUAACCCGUUUCCCAGCAGCUGGAAGGUACAGAUGCUCUUUGUUGGCCGAUCACCGGCUGUAAAUGCCUCUAAACGACAGCAGAUGUGACGAGUCUCAUUUGAGGGUCGCUGUGGAGCAAAGGUGGUGAAAUCUCUCGCUCUUCCUCCUCCUUCACGCCCUGUCAUCACUACCAGUAGCUGCCCAGCACCAUGUCUUCUCCACCAUCGGCUGCGACAGCGAGUGAAAGCAGCACCACCACCGUUUUCGAGGAGGACACCAGAGAGGAGCAAAGACCGCUGAAGCAAUCUCUAAGCAAGUCCUUAUGUCGGGAGAGUUUCUGGAAAUGCCUACUCCUGUCCGUUCUCAUGUAUGGCUGCAUGGGAGCCAUGGUUUGGUGUCACAUCACCAAAGUGACUCGUUUCACCUUCGACAGUGCCUUAAAAGGAAAAUCCAAGAUGUACCAUGACAGCCCCUGUUCUGAUGGCUACAUCUACAUCCCCUUGGCCCUACUGGGCAUCCUCUAUUUAGUCUACCUGUUGGAGUGCUGGCACUGUCACGUGAAGAAUGAGUUGCUGCACAAAAUGGACGUGGAGGGCAUCUAUGAGCACAUCAAGAAGAUGCAGCAGGCUAAGCCCUGCAUCUGGUGGAAGGCCUUCAGCUAUCACUAUGUGCGCCGAACUCGACAAGUCACACGCUACCGCCGUUAUACUUGCACCCAGGUUUACCAUGAGCGCCUCGACUCCCACGUGGCAGAAGCAGAAUUUGACUACAGCCACUGUGGUGUCAAAGAUGUUUCAAAACAGCUGCUGGGCUUGGAGAAGUCUGUGCUUACAAAGAUGCGCUUCACCAAGAGCUUCAGUUUUGCCAACGUAGAGUCCGAGAAUUCCUAUCUCACACAAAGGGCGAGGUUUUUCACCGACAACGAGGGCCUGGAUGACUACAUGGAAGCCAGAGAAGACAUGAAUCUGAAGAACAAUGACCUGAAGGAGUAUGUCUUGGUGCUCUGUGACCCAAAGCACCACCCUUGGUAUCUGUCCCACUACGUCUUCUGGUUUGCCUCCUUCCUCACGUUCUCCUGGCCUCUCAGAGUCUUCACAGAGUAUCGCACUGCAUACGUCCACUAUCGUGUUGAGAAGGUCUUCGGGCACGAUUACCGACCUGUGUCGCCAUGUGUUGAUCGACGAUACUGGUGUCGUAUCCCUCGAGUUAAAAGCACUGAUGUUACAGAACUGGAGUGGCACAUUUGCUCCAACCAGCAGCUGCUUACCCAGAGGCUGACCUCAUGGAUCUGGCCCAGCGACCGUCCAACUUCAGCGAGAUUCAUCAGAACUGUGAGUGCUGCCACAGAGUCAUCAUCUGAUCCUCAGUGUUCUUUAGAAGCCCCCUCAGCAUCUGCACUUGUGCCAACAUUCCUUUAAAGGAUCCCAACAUCACCAGAAAAAGAAAUACUGGAAAAAAGCAGUAACCAUUACUGGGUUUCAGACAGUGUGGUCAUCAGGGAGGAGGAGCCCCAAAGGUGAAGACUUUGUUGUAGUUUUGUCACCGUCAAGAAUCCUUUUCUGUAAUUUUAUGUUUCUUUAGCCUUCAGGUGACCUGUGUGGAGUCAUUUAUGACCCCAGCCUUAUAUUUAUAUGUGCCUUUGUGAUAUUUUUGACCAUAGAACUAUUUCUUGCCAGGAUUUUUUCCACCUUCUUCUUAUUUUAUCGUUAUAGGCUUUGAUUUUAUUGUGGUUUCUGACUUGUUGGUAAUAAUGUCAUAUUUACGAGUCCAUUUUUGACCAUUAUUAUUUUUAGAUAUUUUAGUAAUCUGGGAAUUUUAAGUGUUUCUGCUAAAAGAAUCAUAUAACACAUUAACACGCAGAUUGAGUUUGAGCCUGGGAGUAACAAAAGAUGAAAAACAAACCUCCUGACUGUGAUAACUUCACUGUAAUUUGUCGGUGAUCAAAGUAUUAUUGAGUCACCAUUUCAUAGUUCGGUGUUAAAUGAUACAUAAUCUGCUUAAAAGUAUAUUACAUAUACUUACAUACAUAUUUUUCUAGUGUUAUUGAAACAAAGAAAAUUUGUUUUGUGAGAAAAAUCAUAGGAUUGUCUAAAUAAAAUGUCAUUUUAUUUGUGCAACUCCUCUUUGCAGUGAAAAUAGUAAUAGAUGAGUUAUUUGAGGGUUAAAAUGAAGCCUAUUUUACUAAAGACUGAUGCUCAGUUACAUUUAUACAGUAUCAAGUAAAGAAAUAAUGUACUGAAAUGCUGUUAUCAGUGCAUUAAAGUACAUUUUAAUAGCACAUUUAGUCAUUUAGUAACACCACAACCCUUCCAAAUGACCCAUAAGAUUUUCCAACAUCCUGCUGAACUGAUGUUCUCCUCGUUUCAGUAAAGAGAAAUUAGAACCAAACAGCUGAACAGGCAGCUUUAGAUCAUACAUAACGCAAACAUUACUUUUGUUGUGAGUUGUAAGUUUAAUUGUGACCCAGAAUGUGAUAUAAUUUUGAUGUUUCAUGUAUCCCAAUUAUGUGAAGAAAUGUGCUUUUUGGUAAUAAUGCCAGCAUUAAAUGUGCUUCAUAUCAUGUAUGACACAUGACUCGCACACAGGAUGAGCUCUACUUACAAAUAUCUUUAUUAGACUUAAAGAAAUAAGAGUUUUCAUGCAGUAGAUUUGAUGCUUGAUGGUUUCUGGAAACUUUUGCUCCCGUGUUCACUACAUUUCUUGAACGCUUAUUGAGGUUCUUGAAAACAUUUUACACAUUGUAUAACAGAUGUAACAUUAGUAAUGUGACUGAUGGUAUUCAUAUUUAAAUUUAAAUAUGUAAAUCAAUAAU